CUUUCUUUUUUUUUUCUUUCCUUUCGUCCUACCCGCGGUUGUCGGGACGGACUUAGGUCGUGGUGGUGGUGGUGGAGGAAGAGGAGAAGGAGGAGGAGGAGGUGUGGCGAAAAGUGUGGCCAGUCCUAUGGAGCAAGAAGUGCGGCCGUUGCUGGGCUGAGACUUGAGGAUCGAGACAGCUUUUGGCAUAAAACUGUCAAGAUGCCGGACUUGGUUACGCUCGGUUUUUCGAACCGGCGUUACUUGCCGAUGUACCUGUCCAAUGAGAGCUACACCAUUGAGAUGCAAGAGCGCGAGUGUCCGCUGGACACUCCGCUGGACACCAUCUCGCUGGACUCUGGCGAAGAGGACAACGACGACCGCGAGGAAGGGAAGGCGAGUCUCUGCUCGAGGCGCCUCACCUUCCUGCUCACCUGCCUGGCGCCCAGCGCUGACAUCGUCAACAUUUGGAGGUACCCUUACAUCGCCUACAAGCACGGAGGUGUUGUACUGGUUCCGUGCAUAAUCCUGUUCGUACUGGUGGGUUUCCCGCUCUAUUACCUGGAGCAGACCAUCGGGCGACUACACGCUAACAAAAAGGGCGGUGGACAAUGCCUCGGACACCUCGUGCCUAUCUUCAAGGGCGUGGGCUACGCCUAUUCGAGCCUGCUGGCGCUGAUGUCGGUCUACUACAUGGCCAUCCUGACCUGGGUGCUGCUGUACCUCUUCUCCUCGAUGCAGGAGACGCUGCCGUGGAGCCACUGUGGCAACGAGACCGUCGUGCAGGGUUGUCCCAGCACCGGUGAAUCGAUGUUCCACCCUUGCAUCCCGACGAACUUCACGAGCAACGGCAGUGACAUCGAUGUCGUCUGGGUCCGUGCACCAAGCGAGGUGUACUUUCAUGAGGUAGUGACCAAGUUGACGUCCGAAGUCCGUUCCCUGGGAACUGUGUCGUGGCCCCUUCUGCUGUGCCUGCUGGGUGGAUGGACUGUUACUUACCUCAACGUCAUUCGUGGCAAGAUAUCCUUUCGAAAGACGGCCAUUUUGCCUGCCAUAGUGUUGAUACUAUUUAUGUGCGCAAUUUUUGGAACCAUCACCAGCGACCCCGGCUUCCUGAAUGGACUCCAUUACUUCUUUUCUUUUGAAUGGAAAGCUCUAAGGAAACCAGACGUGUGGAACGACGCGGCAGCCCAGGUGGCCCUGAGCCUUUGCACAGGCACGAGUCUGCUACAGCUGUUGGGCCGACGCGGCAGCAAAUACCGUGGCCUGGUCCACGACGCUGUCAUCGUGGUGCUCGUAAACAUUAUCGUAUCCUUCUUCAGCGGUGUGGUGGUCUUCUCCUGCCUGGGAUUCGUUUCUAAGGCCAUCAACAGGACAUGCAUCAAGUUCCUGCAGGAAGGAUUCGGCACCUUGUUCGCGGUGAUCCCCGCAGCACUGGCUAGCCUUCCUGGUUCGGUGGUGUGCUCGAUCCUCUUCUUCGCGCUUCUGGCCCUUCUCUGCCUGGGCCGCAUGGAGCAGAUGAUGCUCGCCCUGCUCACCUGCCUGCUGGACAAGUUCUCCAGCGCGCAGCUGCGCAAGCGCUACUGCUUGUUCGUGCUCGGCGUGUGUGGUGUGCUGUUCGCCGCGGGUGUCGUCUUCACCACGCCCGCUGGAAUUCACAUCUUGGCCGUGAUGGACGCUUAUGUCUUCUCUUGGACAGCGUUUCUGCUGGGAUUCCUUGAAUGCGUCGUCAUAACUUGGAUAUACGGGUUCAAGCAGUUUGCUGAAGACGUUGACACAAUCCUUCAGCAAACGCUUGGGAGAGGAUGGAUGGUGAUCUGGUCAUUUGUCACUCCAGGUGUGAUUCUGGUCACAUUGGUGUUCACCAUAUUUGGAAGCCCCGACAUCUCCUCUGGGCUCUUCAAGAACUCAUUCUGGGGACCCAUACUAGGAUGGACUCUUUUUGCAGUAGUUAUUUGCCACAUUCCAGGAUAUGUCAUUUACAAGAUCGUCUACACGGGCUGCUACACGGACGGAAACCGAUGGGACGUGUUCAAGCGGCUGGUGAAGCCCGUGCCUCUGUGCACCAAGGUGAUGAAGGCCGACAAGAACGCCAAGGCUGGCAAGGAAGCCGCAGCCGCGCCGCGAAUCCUCGUCAUUCGCAAGAAGGAGGCCAACCAGCAAGGGCAGCUGUACAUUCCGUACGGCUUCGUCGUUUGCCCGGAGAAGAGCCCCAAGGCGAAAGGAGCCACCCACCCCAACAAGCUGGUCUUCUCAUUUCCGGACGUCGACCAGUCGUACAGCUUGACGGACAGCAACGUGACUCGGCUGAUGCCCCCGCCGCGGUGCGACGAGAUCUUCUUCUACACGCCGCAGAUGUCGCAGAUGCGUAAGAAACUGCAGCUCGGCUCCAUGGAACAGAUUCCCCAGUCUCCCUCGAGCUCAUCGACGCACGACCUAUCGGAAAGCUGCAGCUCGGAGCAGUCGGACACGCCCAAGAGGGAUGACCCCCGCGUCCGUCGCGUGAGCCUGGUAUUCACGACGAGUGAAGCGAGCGACGACCGCAUCGUGCUUUCUCCGUCAUCGCUUUCCAAGUGUUCCGAGAGCCCCGAGGAAGGCGAGGCCAGCUCGGAGAACGUGAGCGUCGGCGGAGGAGCCCGCGCUCGAUGCAAGCGGCGCUCUUCGCUUGGCGUGCUCGGGACGAGCGAGCGGAGGGACUCCGACUCCGUCAAGACGUCGCAUGUCUGACACCUGACGCACUUGAUGGUGAUUUUGGUUCAACAUCAGGCAGCGCCGUAUACGCCCCUACGUUCAACGACGUCCCCUGGCUCACGCCGGAAUCGAACUUAACCAGAUCGGGCUGCACACCCAGUGCCGAACUUUUAAACGCGUCGGAAUUGUGCCAUAUGCAGUACUGCGUGCGGGUAGCGCUUUUGUUCGCAGCUUGUAUUUGGAACGCUGUACCUGGGGAGCGAUGCAGCAGGUUCUACACCGGAUCCUCCUGCCGAGGUGCCAUCUUCGAGCAUGCGUUGGUGAUAUACCUACGUGGCCGUGUGCGCGCGAUGGCUGCUCUGGGCGGUGCCCCGAGUCAGUGUACCGUGAGCCUUGGUGUGCUAAAGAGUUCUUCACUGUAAUUUAACCUGGUGCCGUAUUCUCAGACAACUACUGUACAACAUGUCGUUUUUCAAUAUGCGCUGGUUGGCUAAAGGAACUAGACGCGACAAAAGGACCUUUGUGGUCGGGCACUUUCAUCGUCGGUGUUAAUUUCACCCCGCGCAGCCCUAACAUGCCACCACAGCAAGGGGCAGUGCAAAAUUUGUUAAAUCAGCGUGUUGUUACUACAGUGCAGCCACUGUGCCAGAAUGGUUACGACAAGUGCAGUUGAGUGUACCACUGAAAGAACUUGAUCAGCAGCGCGACCCGAGGUGAAUGAGUACAUGCAUUUCAUGUUUGUAAGUAACAAGGUAAUGUGUUACAAACGCGCGGGCCAUGGAAAGUAAUAACUGAAGACUUCACGUAGUGCAGAAAUAUUUCGCCACCAAAACAAGAGAAUGACGGUUUAAUGCCCGCUUUUUUACGACAUAUGAUGGCACACGUUAGAAAGCAGCAAUGUAUUUGUGCCGUAACGGGUCUGUGGCCGGCCUUUGUAGGCAAACAGGUGAACGCACCAGCGACUGUUAAUAUGUAAUGUUGUUUUCUAUGUUUCUUUAAAGACGUUUGAGUAUAUUAUGAACGUGUAUCGUUUGUUUUUGUAAUGCUGUUAUUGUUUUUUGUUUGUUUGUUCCAAACGCCAUACUCUUUUGUACUCACUCCAUCUGAAUGGCUAUCGUGUCUGUCAGAAUGUCAGCAGCAUCUGAAUCGUUUGUGCAUUUGUCAUGUAGCCUGUAUAUUUAUUCUCGCCUAAAGGGCACUUUUGCCAGCUUCAUUGUUUUGUUUUUAUUUCAUCGUUGCAUCUAUCGUUCACGGACUGCAGUAUAUCGUGUGUAAAGCCAACACAUCUCAAAGCGCGCGCGAUGACACAUGGGCUACGUCUUUGCCAAGCAGGCAAAAGCCUCGUCCUCUAAAGAGUCAAUAUAGUGCCCGCUCCGAAUUGAGUGAGUCCACUGAGAAGUCUUUCUGUACGAAUGCCUUUUGAAAAGCAGAAAUAAAAACUGAAGUACAAGUUUUUCUUUCA